AUCUGGUAUAUAGUAUUUACCAUCUCUUUUUCUUUAGUCCAGCACUCCAAUCAGCCACUUCAGCCUCCUCAGCUUAUUUGUGGCCGUGAUAAACUCCAAGUAGGGCUAGAUGUGGAUGGCCUGAUUCACACUGGUUUUGACCCAUUUUCUGGAGAACUGGAAGCCAAAAACUGCGUCCUGCUCAGAGUGGAUGUUUAUGUAGUGUGGUACGAAGUGGAGGCCAGAGCAGGUGCCUGUGGAAACACACUGAGGACCAACAGCACACAUGUCAUCUACUCCAACAAUUUAUUUAUCUAUCCCAUGUACAACCGAGACUUCAUCCUUGAGAAGAUUAUUCCCUUCACCUGUGUGUAUCCUCUGGACACAGACACAAGCCUGGACGUGCCCAGUCCAUUCGUGUUGCCGACACCUGGCAUUUUAGGCUCGGGUCCUGAAGCCAAAGCCUCCAUGUUUCUGUACCGCAGCUCCGACUACAAUGAUACGUAUCCAUCAGGCCAGAUCGUCCUGCCAUUGGAUUCACGUUUGUACGUGGGCGUGUCUGUGGAGGAGGUGGAUUCAUCCUUUGUAGUCGUUCUGGAGGACUGCUACACCAGUCACUCAUCAAACCCUGAUGAUCCCACGCGAUACUAUCUCAUCAAGAACAAGUAA